GCAACAUUGCAACGGAUGGUCAGUCAUCAGUCAACGAGUGGCAUUGUGCGGGAGGGGUGAUGUUGUCGCGCUCCACGUCACUGACACACAUCGCGAGUGUCGACAGCGUCUCUGCUAUGUGAGCUGGUGUGCUUCGCGGUUAGAAAGUCGCCCGGCGGACCCAUGACGGACUACGAGCGCAUCAAGAGGGCGUGCCUCAAGAGGGGCGAGCUCUGGGAGGACCCUGACUUCCCCGCCACGCAGUCCUCGGUCUUCUACCACCAGACGCCGCCCUUCCAGUUCGUGUGGAAGAGACCCAAGGAGGUGUGCUCACGGCCGGUGUUCGUGCACGAUGCGCCUGCGCAAUUCGACAUCGUACCUGGCAAGAUGGGUGACAGGUGGCUGGUGUCCUGCCUCGGAGUGCUGUACCUCAGCAAGGGCCUGUUUUACCGCGUGGUGCCAGCGGACCAGACCUUCUCGACCUCCGGGGACCAGUACGCCGGCAUCUUCAGGUUCCGGCUGUGGUGGUGCGGCGAGUGGGUGGAGGUGCUGGUGGACGACCGACUGCCCACGGUGAACGGCCGCCUUGCCUUCCUGCAGGCGAGUUCCUCCGACCAGUUCUGGCCCGGCCUGCUGGAGAAGGCAUACGCCAAGCUGCACGGCUCGUACGAGGCCCUCAAGUACGGCACGCUGUUGGACGGCCUGGCGGACCUGACGGGAGGCAUCACGGAGAGCAUCAGCAUCCGCCAGGACCCCACCACGUGCGGCCGCAUGCUGGGCAAGCUGCUGGACAUGACGUCACUGAUCACUUGCGCCGUGCACGCCUCGCCUGCGCAGACACAGGCGAAGAGCCAGGCAGAGAAGCUCGCCAACGGCAUCCAGAUAGGCACCAACUACCGCCUGUACGCCGUGGAGCGGGUGGAGACGUUCAGCGGGGAGCCUGUACAGCUGGUGAAGCUGCGCAACCCCGUGGGCCCAGGAGAGGAGUACGUGGGGGCGUGGUCCCGAGAGGCACCCGACUGGGACGAGCUGCCGCCCCAGGAGAAGGAGCGUCUGGCCACGCGCCACAUGGGCGACGGGGAGUUCUGGAUCCUGUACUCGGACUUCGUGAAGACCUUCACGCACCUGGAGGUGGUGCACCUGGACAGCGACACGAGCCGCGACGAGCCCUCGCUGCACCUCAAGAGCACGUGGCAGAUGCGGCUGUACCAGGGCGGCUGGCAGCGCGGCGUCUCCGCCGGCGGCUGCCGCAACAACCCCGACACGUUCCACAUCAACCCACAGCUGCACCUCAUCCUCAGCGAGAUGGAGGAGGUGGUGAUCUCUCUCAACCAGCACAGCAUCAUGGAGCCAAAGGUGAUCGGUUUCACGGCAUACUCGCUGCCCAAGAACAGCGCGGAAAUGAGCGGCAAGACAUUCUUCAAGAAAAACAAGUCGCUUGUCAACUCGCAGUACACCAACAGCCGGCAGGUGAGCCACCGCUGCCAGCUGGAGCAGGGAGGGUACCUGGUGCUGCCCACGACCUUCGAGCCGGGCCAGGAGUCCAGCUUCACGCUGCGAGUGUUCUCCAGCAAGCCACUCAAGCUCAAGUUGCUGGAUGUACAGCCGGCACUGCUUAAGUCAGCCGUGGUGAGGGCGCCGGCCUCGCUGGACGUGAAGAGCUUCAGCCAGUACGAGGCCGUGUUCCUGCAGCUGGCGGACGAGCAUCGCACCGUCAACGCCUUCGAGCUGCAGGAGCUGCUGGACGCCUGCUUGCCCAAUGACUACAUCAAGAGCUGUGCGUGUAUGGAGGUGUGUCGACAAGUGGUGCUCACCCUGGAUAGCACGGGCGGUGGUCGACUCAAGUUCGGGGACUUCAAGGACCUGAUGUGCAGCCUCAAGUGCUGGCAGACGAGCUUCAAGAACCACACCAAGGAGAAGACGGGCAUCCUGAAGGCGGAGCGACUGAGGGACGCUCUCCUGGAAGUGGGCUUCCAGCUGGGCACGGACGUCCUCUCCAUCCUCACGCUGCGAUACAUGAGGAAGGACGGCACCCUGCGCUUCGGAGACUUUGUCUCUGCCAUCCUGCACCUCAGCAUGGCGUUCAGUAUCUUCGAAGGCAAGGAUCCUCUACAAAACGGCUCAGUGAAGAUGUCACUGUCCGAGGUUGGUCACUGCGACAUAGCCAAGUAGUUUAGCACACUACAGUUUUGGAGGAGUCAUUGGCAUUGCCUAUGUCUCGAUGAGCUAAAGUGUUAUUAUGAUUACCUUUACAUUUAAACUUUCCUGCAGAGGUUUUUAUUGUGGCUCAAGCCACCUUGACCUGUGUUUGACAGCUGAGCUGACAUCACUUUAGCUACCUCUCCAACGCUUGUUGCUUGUUGCAGUGGCUGAAGUCUUCACUGACGUGCUGAACGCAGCUGAGGCCGUGAUGCCAGCUCUCAUGGUCAAGAGCUACCAUCUGCCUAGUCUCCUCUGUGACCCAGGGAGAUAGCUGUGACACCAGCACUUGUUGCUUGUCGCCGUGGCUGAAGUCUUCGCUGAGCGCAGCUGAGGCCAUGUCGCCAGCUCUCAUGGUCAAGAGCUACCAUCGGCCUAGUCUCCUCUGUGACCCAGGGAGAUAGCUGUGACACCAGCACUUGUUGCUUGUCGCCGUGGCUGAAGUCUUCACUGACGUGCUGAACGCAGCUGAGGCCGUGACGCCAGCUCUCAUGGUCAAGAGCUACCAUCUGCCUAGUCUCCUCUGUGACCCAGGGAGAUAGCUGUGACACCAGCACUUGUUGCUUGUCGCCGUGGCUGAAGUCUUCGCUGAGCGCAGCUGAGGCCAUGUCGCCAGCUCUCAUGGUCAAGAGCUACCAUCGGCCUAGUCUCCUCUGCGGCCCAGGGAGACAGCUGUGACACCAGCACUUGUUGCUUAUCGCCGUGGCUGAAGUCUUCGCUGAGCGCAGCUGAGGCCAUGUCGCCAGCUCUCAUGGUCAAGAGCUACCAUCGGCCUAGUCUCCUCUGUGACCCAGGGAGACAGCUGCGAUACCAACGCUUUUUGCUUGUCGCCAUGGCUGAAGUCUUCUCUGACAUGCUGAGCAGUGUGGAAGAAAAUCAAAUUUUUCAAGAUUGGUGGUGGAUUUCCCACAGAAACUUGUACAAAGAGUGCAUGAAAGGAAAUACUCUCCUGGUCCAGAGCACACGGACAACAACUCCAGACUAUCUGUGAGCUAUGUAGUCUCUGGUCCUCCAGUCAGCAAUGCAGUGGCAAGUAACUUAGUGACGUGCCUGAGCCAUAUAAGUGUGUUGCGAUGUGAGCUGUGGUGAAGCCAGUGUUUGUGACACUUGGAGAAGUGAUCUGGUGUCUUUAAUAAAUUUAACAAACUGGUGUAAAAGAAAGCAAGACUAACAAAAUUGAAAAUAGGUACCAUUAUUAUUGAUAAUUCAAUAUAUGCUCAGUGUGAGAGUGGAGUAUCCUGUUAUUUUCAGUUGUACAGACAAGGUUCCUUUCACCAUGAAUCAAAGUACAGUAUAUUAUGUUUACUGUAUUUAUCUGCAGAAGGGUUGCUCCUGCGUAUGGGUCGCACCUUUAAUUUUUGGGCAAAAAAUCUAACAUUUUCACCAUAUAGAUCGCAUCAUAUAUUUGUCUUCACUAGAUCGCCAUGGAUACGAGUGAAAUACGAGUGAAGUCUUUGUGUUCCGUGUCUCAGCUUAUUGGCACAUAAGAAAUACAGCAUUGGUGUUAACCCUUGAUUCUCUUAUGUUUACCAGGGGGAAGAUGCCUGGCAGCCCACUCUCCCCCACAUAUUUACAACCACUCCAGUACUCGCACUACCUAACAAAAAGACAAAGAGAAGACUGUUAUUUUUUAUACUCUUGUUUCCCUUCCAUCUAUUGUUACAUAUUUUUUUACCCAUCCGUUUUCCAUGGAGAGACAAGAGGCGGCAAGCUACUCAUUGUCAGUUCCUUCUAUAAAAAUUGGCACCCUCGUUACAACUUGCGAUUGGAGGAAUAUAUGUCGCGAUGUCGUGGUUUCGCGACGCGCGGCCGCGCCAGCUGCGAUCUCGUCAGCUGGGGGCGGCGUCGUCGGUGGUGCCGGAGGUGGUGUUCGGGAUCCGCAGUGGCGCUGCGUGUGAUCCGCCACCUGGUGGUCUGCCGGACUAGGUCUCUAUGUCGUGGUUUCGCGACGCGCGGCCGCGCCAGCUGCGCUCUCGGUAGCUGGGGGCGGCGUCGUCGGUGGUGCCGGAGGCGGUGUUCGGGAUCCGCAGUGGCGCUGCGUGUGAUCCGCCACCUGGUGGUCUGCCGGACUAGGUCGCGAUGUCGUGGUUUCGCGACGCGCGGCCGCGCCAGCUGCGCUCUCAGUGGCACCAAUAAUGGCUACAGUUUUGUCUCUGAAUUUUAAGUUCAAAGGGUGGAAAAUCUCACAUGAAAACAAUAAUGUUUGUGCACAGUUGCCUUAUAAACAAAUGUCAAGAUAGACACUUUUAUUGUGUAGGGUGUCAUUUCAUGGAGGUUACAACGAUGUCACAUGGCCUCACACAUACACACACUUUGCUCUCUCUCUCUGUAUGGCUGUUUUAUUUUUAUAUUUUCCUCUCCCCUCCUCACCCCGGCUGUGCAGUGCAGCAAACACGUUACUUGCCAGCGCCAACUGGGCAGCAGACACAGCAGACAUGUGCUGCUCUUGUAGCUACACACUACUGCUGAAGUGCUGAAGAUGUUUUGAUUAAACAAAUUAUACCUACUUGUAGAGGUAUAAACCAACAUGGGUAUCUUAUUUGCGCACAAGAUCAACUACACAGUGCAGUAUUAUUAUUUUUUAAAACCCAACGUGAAAAACACUCAUAAGUUGUAGCCCUAAAUUUUUUUAACUAAAAAUCACCAUAAAACGUGCAAUCCAUAUGCGGGUAAAUAUGGCAUAAACAUAAAAUUUCAUCGUGUGAUAUUUGUAUUGUGACAACUCGAGUACAUGUUGUUUUAAGCCACUUUAGCUACAUUUAAAAUUCAAACAGGACAAUUACUGUUUAUUUACAGUAAUUGAUAAAUAUUGCAUUGCUGUAAUGCCAGAACGAAUAUAGAUGGGCCUUUAGUUAGUUAAGUGUGUGUUCAGCUGUACACUGGUACGGUGGAAAAAUCACAACAUGGUAUUGCCACUAGUUGACAUUGUUGGUAGAGAUGCUUCAUGACAAGUGACAUCUCAUAUAUCACUUGUAUGUUGCAGUUAAUGUUAUCAGACAGUUUUUUUUACUGUACAAUCUGUGAUGUAAUAAGUGUACAAAACACUUUGCAGACUCCUCAUGCAGUACUGUUGUUUCACUGAUUUAUUUGCUAUUAUUGUACUUUGAAAUUUGUUAAGUUUUUUCCCUGUAUUCUAAUAUAAUUCUGAAAUACGUAUUUCUGAGGCAUGUUAUCUGUAAUUCCUCAAAUUAUUUUGUACAUAAACACAUAGGUUAUUUAAUGUCUGAAGAUCAUUUGUUGUUACCAGUUUCUGUUUUAAAUUAUCUUUGUAAAAAAACAAUGAAUUUCUUGUAUCCUGGUCUCAUCGCAGAAAUGAUUUCAUGUUGAAAUCCAAAACUGUUGUACACUUUCCUUAUUGCUGCUGUCAUAACUUCAUAAAACUUUUUGAAUUAUUUCUUGUUCAUGUGGUGACUUAAAUAGAUGUUUGAUGACCAUGUC